AUGACUCAUGUUGACAUUGAAUUAACAUCUGUAGUCUCAUUCCGAGUCAAUCUAACUCAUGACUCAUGCCAAGUAUGUCUUUCAAUUCGCAAGCAACAGCAAUCUUCCUCUCUUGAAAAUUCGAAUUCACCUCUCACAUACUUCGCGUCCAGCUCUUCGUAUAUGCGACCUGACGGACACCACCACCACAAUCGUCUUCGCCGUCAAACUUCGAACAUCUUCUCGAAAUUUGACCAAAAACAAAUUAUAGAAUUCAAAGAGACGUUUGCGUUAUUGGACGUAGAUGGUGAUGGAUAUAUAGAUCGAGAAGAUUUAAGGGAUAUGCUGGCUUCGUUAGGCCAAGCUCCCACCGACGCGUACAUCGACACCAUGUUAGCAGAUUCUACAUCCGGAAAUUCCAUAAACUUUGCCACAUUUUUGACAAUGAUGGCAAAUAAGUUGUCUGCCACCGAUUCUGAAGAGGAGCUGCUGAGAGCAUUUUCUAAUCUUGAGGAAGGCGGUGAGUUGAAUUCUGGGAUAAUCAAUACAACGAAAUUGCGAGAUAUCUUGGCUACUCGGGGAGAACGGCUAACAGAUGAGGAAGGGAUCGAUGACUCUGAGAAUUUCGAUUAUCGAGAAUUCGUAAAAACGUUGAAGCAUGGACAUAUGGAUGGAGAGUGA